AUGGCGUCGUCCUCCAGGACGGCUCUGCUGUCCGCCGUGCUGGCCCUCCGCCUCCUCACGCUGGCCCUCCUCGCGGCGUCGCUCGCCGUCAUCGCCGCCGACAAGUUCGCCGUCGACGACGACCACAAGUUCACCUUCAAGGACGUCUACGCCUACAGGUACGUCCUUGCAGUCGCCGUCGUUGGGUGCGUCUACACCCUGAUACAGAUCCCGUUCGCCGCCGUCGGCAUCGCCAGGAGGAAGGGGAUGAUCGGAGGCAGCGAGGACGUGGCACUCUUCCUCGUCUGCGCUGACGUGGUGUUCACGUUGCUGGUGGCGACGGGGGCGGCGGCCGGCCUGGGCUUCACCUACGACAUGAAGCGCUUGCUCGGCGGCUCGAAUCUGCACGGGGAGCUGGCCAGGUUCCUCAACCUGGCCUUCGUCUCCGCCGGGCUCAUGCUGCUCGCCGCCGCCGCCAUGGCGCUCGUCGUAAUGCUCUCCGUCUACUCGCUCGUCCGGUGA